AUGACUGGUCGGCAGUUUUAUCCUGGUGAUGCGAGAGGGAUAUCUUCCUUUCGGGAACGCGUCGAGACCUGUCCGGUAGCAAAAUCAUUAGGUUUAUGGAAGCUGACCGGGCUUAUAGCAGUACGUAAGGCAUUGAGCGUCUAUGGUGGCGUCGACAGCUCCUUCGUAAUUUGGGGAGUACAAGUAUCAAGCGACGGUCUAGUCCAUAAACUUGCUUGUCGAUAUGCACAUGAGUCAUAA